GUUUACUUCAAGCUGACCUUGAACUUGCUGUGAGGCUCAGGUUGGCCUUGAACUUGAGAUUCAUCUGCCUUAGCCUCCUGAGUGGCAAAUCACCAUCUUGGGUUGCUGAGUGGAUUGCCAUCCGUGUAUGUAAAACUUGACAUCUCAAUAAGUAAGAUUCUCAGAAAACAUCUAUGUCAGAGAAAGUGGGCAAUAAAUAGAUGAAGCCAAAGAUGAGUGAGACCAGACACUUCUUCAAGAGCUUUCAGGCCCUGUAAGAGGAAGCAGGCUGCUACCACGAAAAUGGCCAGGAAUGUGGCCGACCUUUUGGCUUUGAGCCAGCAGGAAGAACUAGUGGAUUUGCCAGACAGCUACCCACUGAGCACAAGUGAAGAUGAAGGGGACAGUGAUGGAGAACGGAAAUGUCAAAAGCUCCUGGAAGCAGUCAGUUCCCUUGGUAGAACGAAUAAAUGGAAGUUGGCAGAGAGAUCUGAGGCUAGUCUGAUGGUGUCAGAGUUCAAUGUCACUUCUGAAGGAUCAGGUGAAAAACUGGUCCUUUCGGAUUUGCUUGGGUCUGCUACAGAGUUAUCUUCAUUGGCUACUGUGAAAAAACAGCUGCAAAGAAUCAAGUCAAAGACUCUUACCAUACCCCUUAACAAAGAAGUGGCUGACCGGACCCUCAGGGAAGCAGCAUUCAGCAAAACCUCACAAAUGCUCUCCAAGUGGGAUCCUGUCGUGCUGAAGAACCGGCAAGCGGAGCAGUUGGUUUUUCCCAUGGAGAAGGAACUGCCAGCAGUUGCUCCCAUUGAACAUGUUUUCACUGGCUGGAAAGCAAGAACCCCUCUGGAACAAGAAGUUUUUAACCUCCUUCAUAAGAACAAGCAGCCAGUAACAGACCCUUUAUUGACUCCCAUGGAAAAAGCCUCCCUCAAAGCCAUGAGCCUAGAAGAAGCCAAGAUACGCCGAGCAGAGCUUCAGAGGACUCGAGCUCUGCAGUCCUAUUAUGAGGCUAGAGCUCGAAGAGAGAAGAGAAUCAAGAGUAAAAAGUACCACAGAGUUCUAAAGAAAGGAAAGGCCAAGAAAGCCUUAAAAGAGUUUGAGCAGCUGUGGAAGGACUGCCCAAGUGCUGCAUUGCAAGAACUAGAAAAAAUGGAAAAGGCCAGAAUGACAGAACGGAUGAGCCUUAAGCACCAGGGCAAGGGGAAAUGGGCAAAGUCUAAGGCAAUUGUGGCCAAGUAUGACCUGGAGGCUCGAAAAGCUAUGCAAGAACAAUUGGCUAAGAACAGAGAACUGACACAGAAACUCCAGGUAGUUUCAGAGAGUGAGGAAGACGAUGAAGGCACAGAGGAGAGAAUAGUCCCUGUCUCUGAUGGAAUGGAUGACCUACGGAUGAAUGCAGAUGCUGUAAAUCCCUGGAUGCUGAGCAGUUGCAACAGCAGUGCAGAAGGAGGUGACAUCAAGACAGACCCUGAACAGAUACCUGAAUUUGUGACCCAUGCAUCUUCUGAGAGUGAGGGAGAUGAAAGACCGGUGGCAGAAGAACUUGUGUUGAAAGAAAGAUCCUUUCAAGAAAGAGUUGAUUCCAACAAUGCUAAGCCAUUGGAUAUCCAAGAAACAGAAGACUCUAAUAGCCAGGAGGUAUUAUCUGAAUCGAGAAUAUUGCUUCAGAAACUCAACAAGGAAAAUCAUCAAUCUGAGGAUCAAGAAGUGAGUUCAGUGGAAACUGUUCUCCAUAUCCAGAGAGAGGACCUUGCCUCAGAGAAGUUCUUGGUGCUCCAAAGGCUAGAGAGAGCACAUGUUCUGGAGCAACGAGGAGAGUUGGGCAAAGAGGAACAUUAUCCAAAAAAGGAGCUUUCCGGACCUGUGUUGAAAGGGGUGUGGAAGGAAAUGAAUCCACCCACCCACCCUGAUGCCUCUGGAGGAAAGAAAAAGAAAGAACAAAUGAUUGAUCUACAGACCCUCCUAACUACUCCGUCUCCUCCUGUGAAGUCUUUGGCAGUGCCCACAGUACAGGAGUUGGAAGAUGAAGUGGAGACAGAUCACAAGCAGCUAAUAAAGGAAGCUUUUGCUGGGGAUGAUGUCAUAAGAGAGUUCUUAAAAGAGAAAAGGGAAGCUAUAGAGGCAAAUAAACCAAAGGACUUAGACCUAUCAUUGCCUGGAUGGGGUGAGUGGGUUGGUAUGGGCCUAAAGCCCAGCGCCAAGAAAAGACGCCGUUUUCUUAUUAAAGCUCCUGAAAGUUCUCCAAGAAAAGACAAGAAUUUGCCAAAUGUGAUUAUCAAUGAGAAGCGCAACAUCCAUGCAGCUGCUUAUCAGGUGCGGGCGGUCCCACACCCAUUCACCCACCAUCAGCAAUUUGAAAGAACUAUCCAGAACCCUAUUGGGUACACAUGGAAUACCCAGAGGGCCUUCCAAAAGCUGACAGUUCCCAAGGUUGGCACCAAACUAGGCCAUAUCAUUAAACCCAUAAAAGCAGAAAAUGUAGGAUACCACUCUUCCUCAAGGUCUGACCUCUCUAUCCUACAGAGCAAUCGGAAGUGCCUCUCCAGAAAGCAGCAAAAACAACUGAAGAAAAGUUCUGCAGACUGAGCUGCCAGCAGAGUAGCAUCUUUGUUCCUGGGACUAGGAACCUCUAAUGUUUCUUUUGGUUGUAUCAUCAUUCUUCAGGGUCAUUUCCUAAAUUGACGGAACUCUGUACUUAAGCCACAUUAUAGAAAUAAGGCAUUUUUAUCUAGUAAAAAGCUUACAUUCCAUUUUGAGAUAUAUGAUAAAUUUAGAAAUGAUUCAUUCAUGGAAAAAUGUAGAGUUACCUGUAUAGGUGCCUAUCCUAGGCUUAGAGAGAGAUGAGUAGACAGAGAAGUUCAGGCUGUGAUUGGGCAGAGGAAGCAUAGGCAGCAGAAAAUGCUAAGUAGUUUAGAUAUUAAGUUAAUAGAUCCUGAUAUAGUGGCUCCUGUGUAAUCCAGCAUUCUGAGAGGUUGAGGAUCAUUUAGUUGAGACCACAGAAUGAGAACUUGGCUCAAAAACAAAACAAGCCCAAAAGGAUUCUAGGAAGAGUUAACAGGAAGAAUGAGCAAAUUUAGAGACUUGGAGAAGACAGACAAUGAAGAUAGAGGAGAAUAGAACUUAAUAAUGUGUUGCAUGUUACAACUAAGGUUAUAGUCUGCCAUGCCUAGACAGCUUUCCUAGUGCAAAAGGGAACCUGACCCCAAUCUUUUACCUGAGGAAUGUCAUGUAAUCCUUGGAGGAAAUUACAGGUUCAAUUUCCUGGAAUGUCUUUUCAUGCAAAUGAGGUAUCCCCUGAACCUUAAACCUCAGCUAAUGAAACUUCACCUUAAGAAGAAUUCCUUCCCACUCUUCCAGGAUUAAUAUAUAUAGCCCUUGACUCACCCUAAAUAAAGUAUAUGUGCACAAACUGUUUCAUUGACUACUAAGAGAGCUGUUUUCUAAAAGUUGUAACACUGAAAUCUUCAGGAUCCCCCAUCCCCAGCAUUCUCUGCCAGACCUGGAUCCUGCUGACCCACCAGUUCUAGACUUCGCUUCAUCUUUCCUGCCUGGUGUGUAAAGGAAGAAUCAGACCGCAGAACUCGGCUUCAGUCCAUCCUUCCCUGCCUGGCAUACUGUGGAACUUGGCUCCGCUCUAUUCUUCCUUCCCCCUUUAGUGUCUAGUAGCUCCUGGACAUCUCAAGGGAAGAAGCAGAAGAACAGAAACACAAAGUGUGACAGAGAAUUGGGGGUACUGAAAAAUCAGUUAUGGAGGGCCUUAAAUGCAUUGUAGAGAAAUUUAGAAUUCUUUUCAUCUCUUAGGCAAAGUAGAGGAAGUAAGACUUGGAUAGAGGAUUGUUGUGACAUUUGAGUUAAAGGAGUGAGUGCCCAGCUGGCAUCGUGCAUGCAGGAUGUAUUGUAUGAGUAGGGGUAAGAGUUAAGAAUGUCAGCUGUAGAAGUUAGGGUGAGCAUGGGCAGGAGGGCUGGAUGACAGGAAGUAGAAUAAAUCACCUGGCAAGAGCUCUGGAGUCAGGGAGGAAAGGGAUUUUUUUGGAUACCUUGACAUUUGAGCAGGGUUUUGGACCUGGGAGAAUUUAGCUUUCCAUUUUUACUUAUUCUUGGAAAGAUGGAAGGAUAUAUUGAAGUGGGAUGCAGAAUUCAGGUUUUAGAAAAUUCUUGUAUAUUUUUAGAACGUAAAACUACAUGGUAGAAUGUCCCUGCAAUCCCAGCACUUGGGAUCAGGCAGAAGCAGGAGGAUAGCUGAGAGUUAAAGGCCAGGAAGGGACUACAAGUAAGAAUCAGUUAGAGGAGGGGUCUUGAGAUAGGUGAUGGCCAGAUUGUGGAGUGAGGGAGUGGUAAAGCUGACUCUUUGAAUAUGGGCAAGGGGUCAUGUCCAGAGUACGGGCCAUAGAGAGCAGAUCAGUAGAUGAAGGACUCUGAGGCACUCAGAGACCAUUAUAACGAUUCAUUUUUAAAAUGCUGACUUAAUUUUCUUUUGAUAGGAAUCUUGUUUUAGGGAUCCACACAUCAAACUUUUUUGUAUUUCUGCCUUGUUUAGCUGGGGUCAUUUCAGUGAGGCACUGUUGUUGAACAUAGUGUUUACCAUAAAGGAAUACAUUCUGUGGCAACAUUUGAGUAUGACAAAAACAGAGGCUUUAAAUAUAGGAUCACAGGAAUUUCUAAGCUUAUAAAAUAUAUAAACAUAUAUAAAUUAUAUGAUUAUAGGAAAAGUUGCUAUCUAAGUUACUAAUUUUUUUUCCUUUUCCACCAUUGUGCCUUAAACCAUGGCCUUAGGAAAUCUGGGCAAGUGCUCUGUUACUGAGCUACAGCCUCAGCUUUGUUUCUCUUUUUGACAGGGUCUUGCUGUGCAACUUAGACUGGCCUUGACUAGUCCAUAGGCCAGGCUGGCAGGUUGGCUUGGCUUUGAACUCUAUUCUGCCUCUCUGGUAAUCCCCCAUGAUUAAUAAUAAUUCUUUUUCUAUGGCACUAGUCUUGAACUCACAGAACUUCUGUAUGCUAUUCAUGAGUUCUGUCAACAAGCUGUAUCUGUAGCCGCCUCCCCACAUUCAGAACUGUGCCCCUACUAGGGGAUUUUUUUCUUUUUUGUUUUAAAGACCGUGUCUUUUUUUUUUUUUUUUUUUGGUUCUUUUUUUUCGGAGCUGGGGACCGAACCCAGGGCCUUGCGCUUCCUAGGUAAGCGCUCUACCACUGAGCUAAAUCCCCAGCCCUAAGACCUGUCUUUUUAAGUUGCCCAGGCCAGGUUUGAACUCACCAUUUAGUUCUGUUAGUCCUUGAACUUAGAAUCUUACAGCCUAAGCUUCUGGAGUAGCCAGGUUUAUAGGCAUGUAUCACUGCUCAAACAACUCAUUAUUUAACAUUUGUAAUUCGUGUGUGUGUGUGUGUGUGUGUGUGUGUGUGUGUGUGUGCACUUCAGUGACUGACUGCACACGUCCAUCCACUCCACUCACCCACCCACGUGAUGUAUCUUUCACCAGGGUCUGUGAUGAUGGCCACUAGGCAUUGAGUAAUGAGUAGACACUUUGUUCUUCAUGCAUAGAGAAGAGGGCAGUAAGCAGUUUUAUAAGCAGUUAUUUAAUUACAGGCACAGUAGGUACUGCUAAGGCAAAACAGAAUGUGGUGAGAGUGGAAAGCUUUAAGUAGGGUUGGACAAGUCCAGUCGGAGAGGGUAGUAGCAGGGAGGUAGGGGAACGGGAAGCAUGCUAGGCCAAAGACUUACAGCAGGUGGGAUGAGGUGGAGACCUGACAUUGGACAGUACACAAGGCCCAGAAGGUGAGUACUCUGUGGAGACUCUUAGGUAGUACUGGACCUAAAGUAGAAGACCCCAGAUCAGAGAAAGGUAAAAGGCAAACGUCCUCUCAAAGGCUAUGAGCUGUGGUGGGAGAAUUAGAGAAGUUGCAGAUUGUGCUGAGCCAGCUGACCAGCAGUGUCUCAAGUCAGUUUGUUGUUUCGGUCUCACACUAUAAAAAGGUUUUAUUACUACAAGACAUGGAAAGAGUUAACAUUUAUCUUCUUGUGGUUUGCAUUAUAUGAUUAGGAAUGUCAGAAUUUACUAAAGUUCUAUUUUGACAAAGUAUUUAUAAAAAUUUAACUUAUGCCCAAUUAUAAUUUAUUUUAAUAUAUUAGACUUAGAAUUUAGUCUUUUUAGUCAGAUUACAUAAAAUUUAUAAUUCUAUAGAGUUUUUUUUUUUUUUUUUGGUCAUAAAGUUCUCCAAGCUGUCUUCAAACUCAUAAUCUCAAAGUCUGCCUACCUGUGCUACCAUGCCUGGUUUAAGUUGUAUGUUGUUUUAAGCAAGGUCCCACAUUGUAGCUCUGGCUUGCCUAAACUUGCUAUGUAGAUUAGACUGUAUUUGAAAUUGUAGCCAUUCUGCUUCAGCCCUCUCCUAAAACCCCUGGCCUCUCUCCCUCCCUCCCUCCUUCCCUCUCCUCCUUCCCUUCCCUUCCCUCCCUCCUUCCCUUUCAUUCUUUCUUUUUUUUUUUUCCCUUUCUUUUUUUGGAGCUGGGGACCGAACUCAGGGCCUUGUGCUUGCUAGGCAAGCGCUCUACCACUGAGCUAAAUCCCCAACCCCUCUCCCUCUCUUUCUUAUGACAAGGUCUCUGUGGAACCCUGGGUACCCUGGAACUUUGUUAUAUAGACCAGGUUGGCCUGGAGCUCACAGAUUGACUGGCCUCUCUACCUCUUAAAUGCUGGGAUCAUCAGGAACCAUGUUUCAAGUUGUAUGAUUAGAACAUAUAUUUCAAGUUAGGAUUCUCCAGAUUCUGUUUAGUUUGUUUAAAAAGAGUCAUACACUGGCUCAGUGGUUUGUGAUUUUUAGUUUAUAAAAUUUGUUCCUGUCUGAAUGUGUGGAAAUAAUUUGUUCACAUAUCCUUGAGCAUUUACUUGAUUAUAACAGUAUAUGUUCUCUAUGAAAAGUAGAAAACAACAUAAAGUUGAAAAUUUAAAAAUCAGUACUAAUUUUGCAUCCAAAAUAUGGCCACUGCUGAUAUUUUGUUUGCUAACAAGUGCAACUAUAUUGUGCAUAUUCAAUAUUCAGCCUACUCUUCCUUGUUAAUAUGUCACAAGUAAUUACAGUGUUAACAGAUGUUUGAAAUAUUUGUAGUGGCUAUAUAGUCAUCUAAUGAAUGUACGUGUCACAGUGCAUUUGAUAUUUCCCAGUUACUGUGUAUUUGCCUAUACAGUGUUAACAGAUGUUUGAAAUAUUAGUAGUGGCUAUAUAGUCAUCUAAUGAAUGUACGUGUCACAGUAUGUUUGAUAUUUUCCAGUUAAUGUGUAUUUGCCUAUUUCCUUUUGAGUGCCUGUUACAAAUGACUUAUUAAAGAUUCCUAGAAGUGAAACAUUGGGUUAAAGGCUAUGAAAAAGUUUAGUGCUCUUAAUAAAAAUUAUAAACUUGCUUUCCAA